GAACUUCAGUCCCCGCCCGAACUAAUAUGGUAGAUUACUAACUCACCUGGUAUAUUAUAUAGUAUGUGGGCUACUGAUGUAAAUGGAAUAUGGCAUGCGUACAUGUUUGAAGGGCUUAGCGCUACAGACAACGGCUGGUGCAGGAAUGGUGCUCCCGCAGGAGUCCUCCCCGAUUUGAAUGUAGUAGUGUUCUGCAUGCCUGCUUUUAGUUACAAAGUAAAACGUAGGCUGGCACGUAAAGAGGGUCGGUGGCCAGAGGAGCUCCUAGUUGGGAAAGAAGGAGAUUCUUUAGACCAGACGCCGGUUCUGAGUGGUGUCUGGUUACGUGUGCUGCUCCAGAUUGUCGGCGGAAGAUCGAACAUUCCCAAUGGGCAUCAGGUACUGACAAUGCCACCCAAGCUUAAAACGCAAGAUGCUGUGGAUUUCGACGGGAACCCGCUGCUGACAGCAGAUGGCAAACCCGUGCCUGCAAUAGGGGUCCAGCAUGCGCUGAAUCUAGCAAAGAACUACCCGGACAGGGCCUGUCGAAACUAUGAUAACAUUGCGUUUUUGAUAGAAGCCAUGUACACCGGGUUAUAUUCGUUCGACUGGUCUACAGGGGUAGCCAGGUUAGAUCCGCAUCCCCAUAGGUAGGGAUGUCACAUGUCCAUCGAGGCAAGCAGGGCAAGCACACCCAGGGCUGUUCACCUUCUGGGCAGGUACCUAGUACUAUGCAGUAGAUGUUGCUAGGUACCAUAGUACUAUAUAACAGAUGGUGGCAGGUAC